GGACACCACACGAAGAAGAAGAAGGAGAAGAAGGGCCCCUAUCCACGUAACUACCCCAUCAGACAUAAAGGCCACUGAAACGUAAAGGAUGGAACACACACACUCUCUGGCUGGACUCCUGCUCCUCAUCAUCAUCCAAAGCAGCUGGCAGGUGCCUAACCACGACACGAACUCAAUGCUUUUAAGUGACGACUCCGUUUCGAGUGAACCUCUCGAGCUGUCGAACAUGAAAAGACAUUCAGAGGGAACGUUUUCCAACGACUACAGCAAAUACUUGGAAACGAGAAGAGCUCAAGACUUUGUCCAGUGGCUCAAGAACUCGAAAAGAAACGGAAGUGUAAUUCGGCGCCACGCAGACGGCACCUACACCAGCGACAUGAGCUCCUACCUGCAGGACCAGGCAGCCAAGGAGUUUGUGAGCUGGCUCAAAGGCAGACGACAGUAGACGUGGACGCGCGACCUCCCCCCGUCAUCACUCCGCGCCCCUACAACUGACUGUGCAAUCAUUAAAUGUUUCACAAAGUGUACCAUCCUUUUCCC